AUGGCGGCAAUCAUGAACAGCACACUAAACAGUGUCGAACUCGACUCGGACGACAACAACGUUACUGGCAUUGCCUCAGCUAUGACCGAGCUGCAGUUGGAUGCAAGUGAGCCAGAGCACCCUGCAGAAAUGCAGGUAGAACACUCGGGCCUCGUGCCGUCGGCAAGAGUGCAGCGUAUAGUCGAUAGAUAUCGGCCGAUGAAGAAGCUUCCAGAGACCCUGGUACCAGGACCAUAUCGCAGACCAUUCAAGCUAUACUUUGGCUGGGAGAGCGGUCUCGACACGCCGCUGAACUAUUUACGGCGAACACAAACCGUCGCGUGGGUCCCGGAGUAUAAUCGCGAGUUCAUAGGCGGCCAGGAAUGGUUUCGUUACGGCGAUGUAACAGACGAGCAACUUCAGGAUGCCAACUACAAGAAGGUCCUGCGAUCUUGGUCGUGGUUUGACUUCCCCCAACAGCUCCAGACGCGGUACAAGAUCGACCUGGAGGAGGUACCCGUUGUCUCACAAAGCAACAAUGAAGUGGUGGCGCUCUGGUCGAAUUACACGGAGAAGACGCGACGCCGGGAGAUUAAGCGGCAGGCAGCGGUGGGUUUGAAGCAACUGAUCAAGUAG